ACCCGCCCACUCCCAAUGGCGCCGCCGCUCGCCGCCCCGCCCUUCCACGCCGCGCUCCCCCGCCGCCUCCUCCUCCUCCGCCGCCAGAGACCCCUCCCCUCCUGGCGCCGUGCCGCUCGCCCCGACGACCAGGAUUACCUCUACGUCGACGACUCCAUCGGAGAUGGCUUCUCGUUCAGCGGAGGGAAAUAUGCGGAGGCGGAAGAGCUGAGUAAGUCGGACGAGUGGUUUGCGCAGGGGCGAAUGGUAAAAGCUCAUGCAUUGUAUGGGAGCAAAGAGAAGGCAAAGGAUCCCUUCUUUGGGCUCACUAUGGGUAAAGAGUCUCAAUCUUCUGAUGAUGUUUUCAGCUGGUUUUGUGUGGAAGCGGGAAGUUCUUCUAAUCACACGGUUCUUCUAGUUCAUGGCUUUCCAUCUCAGGCAUACUCUUACCGGAAUGUGCUGCCUGUACUAUCAGACAAAUAUCACCCCAUUGCUUUUGAUUGGCUUGGUUUUGGAUUCUCAGAUAAGCCUCAGCCGAAAUAUGGUUUUGACUAUACUCUUGAUGAAUUUACUUCAUCCCUGGAAUCACUAAUCAAUGCUGUUGCUCCUGAUAAGGUCUCCAUUGUUGUCCAGGGCUACUUUGCUCCAAUUGUAGUCAAAUAUGCUAGCAAACAUCAGGACAAGUUGAACCAUCUUAUACUAGUUAAUCCACCAAUAACUGACAAACAUGCAAAGCUUCCGUCCACCCUUGCAUGCUUCAGCAACUUUUUGUUGGGCGAGGUAUUUUCCCAGGAUCCUCUCAGGGCUAGUGAUAAGGCCUUGACUAGUAGUGGCCCAUACAUGAUGAAGGAGGAAGAUGCUACUGUAUAUAGAAGGCCAUACCUUGUCUCAGGUUCAUCUGGUUUUGCACUGAAUGCAAUGACAAGAGCUAUGGGAAAGGACCUUAAGGUUUACAUUGAAUCCAUGAGGAGCAUAUUAGUGAGUGAUUCAUGGAAUACAAAGACAACAAUAUGUUGGGGCUUGAGAGAUCGUUGGCUCAGUUAUGAUGGGGUGGAAGAUUUUUGUGAUGGUGUCAAACACAAGUUUGUAGAGCUGCCAAUGGCAGGGCACCAUGUUCAGGAGGAUCGUGGUGAAGAGCUUGGCAAUAUAAUCAAACGUAUACUGAGUGGAUGACUACAAUCACGCUGGGUUUGUGAGUCUCUAGAACAUGCCAAAAACAGGGGUCAAAAUGUGGCACAUCAGUACCUAAUAGGGACAUGCAACUCUUCUUUGUAUGAAAAGAAAGUCCUGCACCGCCCCAUUUUAGGCCAGUCCAGUCCGUGUUCAUGGAUGAUACACUGGCCUACAGCGAUGCUGAAUGCAACGGCAAAUACUGGUCGGUGUUCCAUAUUCUUGGAUAGGAUUCAUCAGUUCAUACUCCAUCCGUCUAACAAAAGAUGUAUCAAGUUUGUCAAAUUUUGAAUGUAUCUAAACAUGACUUAGUGUAUAGAUGCAUUCAAAUUUAGUCAAAGUUGAGACAUCCUUUGCUGGACGGAGGAAGUAAUGUUUUUAAUGCUUGUGCUUGACCUCUUAAAACAAGAUCAAGAUAGCCAAUAUGAUUGUGCAUGAACCAAAACUCACAACCCGACCAUUUUGAAUGAGCACUUGCACCGAAAUUACGGACCAUAAGAAACGAUAA